AUGGCCACCACACCCAGCCAGCAGCAGCCCGGCUGCGUUCAAUGCGGGAAAUCGCAUGUGAAGAUGUCAUACUGCCCUAAGUGCAAAAUGAUUCCCUAUUGUUCGCGCGGCUGUCAGCGAUCUGAUCGCAAACAUCACGGGCCUCGUUGCGGCCGCCGUCCUCAUCUCGACCCUCCUCAACGCCUCAAAAUCAAGCGCCGCAGGCCCUUCACCCACCUCGAUAAAGGUGAUUGGCUCUAUAAUCGGCCCGUCGAGGACGUUUACCUGCUCCUCCUUUCAGCGUACCGUCUACGCCAAGAAGAUAACCUCCGAUUCUCGGGCCCUCUAGCAGUCGAUCCUUGGAUCAUGAACACAGAACCUAACCUCUGGGGCUGUACGUCCUCCCUAGAAGGCUUCCAGAUAUUUCUUUGGUACUGCCGCUCGCGACCCGGCCUCCUGCCCCCCUGGUGGAGCGAAGGCCACCACCGACAAGUCCUGCAAUACGCCUUCUGCCGACGCGACUGGCGAGAUCCAUUCACAGUCGACUUUGAGAGCAAGGAGCAGCUGUGGACGAAGCAGUACAUGCAUAAUAGAGACCCAACCAUGCCGCUGCAAUUGCGCGCCUUCUCCGAGCAUGUGUACGCAUUUGGUGCGGGACGGCAGAACUGGACUAUGGCUGCGCAUAUGGAGGCGCUGUUGGAACAGGGCGACAUGGCGAAGUUCAUUGACCUGAUGGAUACGUUUGGCGAGUGCUAUAUCCAGGGCGAGGACCAGUCUGAGGAGGGGAUGAAGUGGCAUAUGCAGUUCAGAGUUUUGCGAUGA